UGCGAAUUUCUGGUUUUGGUUGUUGUUCCCGAUUGAACGGACCGGGUCGGUCUGAUUUUUUAAACAGUGAUUAAAUCUAAAAACCAUAUAAAUAGGUUUCUGCCUAUCUUGUUUCUCUUUCUAUGCUCACUUCUAUAGUCUCUUUCUGUUCCAUCUAUCCUGUCACCCAAAACCCCAAACCCAUCCCGACUUUGCCAUCACCCAAGACCACCGACCUUCCGGCAGCCCGGCACCGUCCUUCCUUCUUUAUCAAUCGUUUAGCUCUAUUCGCCCAGGCUCCAAAUAUCUUAGGACCGGCCCUGAUCAUGGUUAAUGCAACUAAAGGCGUCUUUAUUUCCUGUGACAUACCUAUGGCUCAAUAUAUCAUCAAUAUGAAUGCUUCUCUGCCUGCAUCUGACAAGUUCAUAAUACAUAUUUUGGAUAGUACUCACAUGUUUGUUCAACCACAUGUCGAGCUAAUGAUUCGAAGUCAAAUUGCAAAGUUUAGAGAGGACAACACUUAUGUCAAGCCUUCUUGAUUCAAUCUGGCAACAAUACAUUCGACGCAACAUAUUAGUAGAAGCCCGUUUAUUGUAUCCAAAUUCCAUCCAACAAUAUAUGUUAUAUUAGCUGUUAAUUAUGUUUCCUUUCUCAAACCUCCUUCCCUCUCUACAUGUAUGAAAACACUCUUCCAUUAAUGUUGAGACUGAUAUGAAGUUGUAUAGACACAGAAAACAGCUAUGUUGAUUAAAUUGAUGAGGAAUUGCUAAUAAGCAUCAUAUUUCACAGUUUUUGCUAGCCUUAAAA